AUGUAUGCAUGUUUAUGUGUUGUGUGGCUGCGCCCACCUUAACCGUUACCGUUACCGAUGUAAUAAACCAGUGCGAUUAGAGCAGCCCGUAGUUUCAGUCGUGUCCUCGUACUCGUCACUGGCGACGAAUCGGUUAAAUCCCACGUAUUUGUUUCGCGAUAUUAUAAAAUGUCUAGUGCUAAUUUCGGUGUGUUGGAUACCUUUGAUCAUAACGUUCAAAGUUGGAACAGCUACAAAGGCCGAUUACAACAGUAUUUUAUCGCAAAUGAUAUAGAUAAUACGAAAGAUGCGACGGGAAUAAAAAGACGGGCCAUCUUACUAACGGCACUCAAGGAAGAAACGUACAAGCUUACAGCUGAUUUAGUCCUGCCAAAGCAACUGGACAGCGUGCCUUAUGAAGAUAUUGUAGCACUUCUGGACAACCAUUUCACACCCAAGCGGGUUGGAUUCGGCGAACGCCACAAAUUCUACGUCGCAGUGCAGCAGGCCGGCGAGACCCACACACAAUGGGCCGCUCGGCUACGUGGACUCACCGCUUAUUGUAGUUUCAGCAACGUGGAAGAGGCAUUACGCGAUCGGUUUAUCAUGGGUUUGCUUCCAGGCCUUGAAAAGGAGAAAUUGUAUGCGCAAAACAUCUCUGAGCUGACGCUAGCGAAAGCGGUCGAGUUCGCCGAAAACAUUCGCUGUGCGCGCGCCGGGGCCACUGCAGCUGGUAUUACGCCCGUAUCGGGCGACGUUUUCAAAAUCGCGUCCAAUAAACAGCUAAAUAAGUCUGACGAGAAAGUUAAGUGUUCAAAAUGCGGCUAUACUAAUCAUAAAGUGUCGGAGUGUCGGUUCACUAAUUACGUAUGCAAAAAGUGCAAAGUGAAGGGUCAUUUAGGUAGAAUGUGCCCUAGUGUUAAAUAUUUGGAUAUUAAUUACGAUGGCGAGGACGACGACGUCCUUGCAGAAUAAUAAACAAAACAGGAAAAUUAAACCAGUUUUUAAGCAAGGUGAUGUAGUAUUAUAUAAACAGUUUAAAGGCAAUAAUAAAUGUGCUUGGGGUAAAGGGACAGUUGUUAAAAAAAUAGGACGAGUUUUAUAUAAAAUAAAAGACAUUUCUUCUACUUUAAUGGUAAAAAGGCAUACAAAUCAACUUAUGCCACUGAAGGGGACGAUUACCAAUCGCAAUACAAAUGAGUAUGACGACAUACCGGUACCGCCUGUACCAAUGUCGAGAGACGUCGAUACACCGCCGCCGUCUCCGCCGUCACCUCCGCCGCCGCCUCCGCCGUCACCUCC